AAACCAUGUCCUUACUUUGUCUCUGGGACCCCCAACAUUGAGCUCCCGCUUCCCCGCGCCUCAGGACCCACGCAUGAGCGUCCAAGGGGGCGGAGAGACAUCAGAGUCCAAGAGGAGGCAAGCUAGUCAAACAGAGGAGUUGACACCGAGAGCUGAGCCUCCACGGCGGAGGACACUUCCCUCACUGCGGCGCUGUACGCGCCUCCUGGGGAUUCUUUACGCACUCAUGGUCGUCUUGUGGCAACCUCCGGGAGCUCAAGCGCGGUGACGACGACGACGUGGAGGAAGAGGAAGAGGAAGAAGAAGAAGAACGAUGUUUAGGUGCAGUCGCAGAGGAGUUCGGACUUAGCUUCCUCAAGUGACUUUGGAGCGAUACAAGCCAAGGGAGUUUCGGAUGUAAUAGCCUUGAACGAGUUACUUUUGGCCGGCUACCUCUCCCUUGUGUUCCUCGCUCUGCUGAGCCGGAGGAAGGUGAGGUGGGCAUGCAGGUGAAGAAGCACCGGGAAGUGUCGCACCGGAGCGGCGGGGACAUCCUGGAAGUGGACGUCCCCCAUAAAAAGACCUCCUGCUUCUCGAAUAUCAAGAUAUUCCUAAUUUCGGAAUGUGCGCUCAUGUUGGCACAAGGCACCGUGGGAGCAUACCUGGUGAGUGUGCUCACCACCCUGGAGCGUCGCUUCAACCUGCAAAGUGCCGACGUCGGCGUGAUCGCCAGCAGUUUCGAAAUCGGCAACCUAGCACUCAUCCUGUUUGUCAGCUACUUUGGGGCCAAAGCUCACCGGCCCCGUCUUAUCGGCUGUGGGGGCAUCGUCAUGGCACUGGGUGCCCUCCUCUCUGCACUCCCCGAGUUUCUCACAAACCCGUACGAGAUAGGGGACACGCGACGGACUAAUGUGGGGCGGGACAUGUGCUCCAACAGGAGCCAGGAUGCCCAGUUGGCGGAGAAGGACACUGCGUGCGCCAACAGGGCCAACACCAACAUGAUGUACCUGCUGCUGAUCGGGGCUCAGGUGUUGCUGGGCAUCGGAGCCACGCCUGUGCAGCCCCUGGGGGUGUCUUACAUUGAUGAUCAUGUCAAGAAGAAAGACUCUUCUCUCUACAUAGGAAUCCUCUUUUCCACUCUGGUGUUCGGGCCUGCCUGUGGCUUCAUCCUGGGCUCCGUCUGCACUAAAUAUUAUGUGGACGCCAUCUUCAUUGACGACAGUAAGCUCGACAUCACUCCAGAGGACCCGCGAUGGAUAGGGGCCUGGUGGGCGGGCUUCCUUCUGUGUGGUGCCUUACUCUUUAGCUCUGCCCUCCUGAUGUUCGGUUUCCCUCAGUCCCUGCCCACCAAGGAGAGAGAGGAGGGGCCGGACAGUGAGCAGGCCAUGCUUCCUGCUGCUGCUCCUUUGAGUCCAGACUAUGAGGCUCCAAAGACAAGCAACGGUGCUGUGAGCAACCACGAGCGGCCCAACAGCCCCACCUGCUGUCAGCAACUCAGGGUGAUCCCCAAGGUAACCAAACACCUGCUGUCAAACCCCGUGUUCACCUGCAUCAUCCUGGCAGCCUGCAUGGAGAUCGCCGUCGUGGCCGGUUUUGCCGCCUUUUUGGGCAAAUACCUCGAGCAGCAGUUCAACCUCACCACCACCUCGGCAAACCAGCUAUUAGGCAUGACUGCCAUUCCGUGCGCAUGUCUGGGAAUCUUCAUGGGCGGUUUGCUGGUGAAGAAGCUCAACUUGUCAGCGCUUGGAGCCAUACGUAUGGCCAUGCUGGUCAACCUGAUCUCCACCGCAUGCUACGUCUCCUUCCUGUUCUUGGGCUGCAACACAGGCUCUGUCGCAGGGGUGACCGUCACGUACAGCAACAGUACUCUGCAGGUGGGCAACAAACCAGAACCUCCGUGCAUCAAUCACUGCAACUGCUUCACCUCCUCCAUCAGCCCCGUGUGCGGCGCCAACGGCGUCACCUACCUGUCAGGCUGCUUUGCCGGCUGCACCCACAUUCUCGCUCAGAACCUGAGUGGAUGUGCUUGUAUAUCUGCUGACAGCGAAUUCGCCACAGCUGUUCCAGGAAAAUGCCCGACCGACGGCUGCCAGGAGGCCUUUCUCAUCUUCCUGUGCAUCAUCUGCUUGUGCAGCCUGGUGGGGGCCAUGGCCCAGACGCCCUCUGUGAUUGUCCUCAUCAGGACCGUCACCCCAGAACUGAAGUCGUAUGCCCUUGGAGUGUUGUUUCUCUUGCUGCGACUCUUUGGGUUCAUCCCGCCUCCGCUCAUCUUCGGCGCCGGGAUCGACUCCACCUGCCUUUUCUGGAGCUCAGAUUGCGGCGACAAAGGUGCCUGCCUGUUGUACGACAACCUGGCCUACAGAUGGCUGUACGUAAGCUUGGCCAUCAUCCUGAAGGCCGUGGCCUUCCUCCUGUACGGCACCACGUGGUACUGCCUACGCCGCAACUACAACACCUACAUCAAAAGUCACGAGGCCCAGAUGUCGCCCAGCGAGUUCUACCCCUCACUCUCGGACGGACCCAAACUAGUGGACAGGACAAAGUUCAUCUAUAGCCUAGAGGACCACGAAUUAUGUGAAAACAUGGAAUCGGUUUUGUAGGCCGUAAAGCAACAUGGACGACGUGGACUAUUCAUGUUUUCAUUGAAAGUAUGUAACGACAGAAACCGCUGCUCUACUGUCCUCAAUACAAGGGUCCACUUUAGGUGUGUGAUGGUGCUGGUGGUAGAAUUGAUGAGCUUGUUGUGUUGUUGCUAGGCAGACAAAGACAACAAAUUGUAGCUUAGCUUGUUGACUGGAGUGGUGUUACUACUACUAGUUGCCAUAUUCUUGUAGCUCUGUAAUGGCUGCAGGUGUGCAUGAGAGAAAAUGACAGUGUCAUCUGUCUUACCAAGGAGAACUAGGGCCACGCCCAACAGAAAAAUUACCACUACGUAUAUAGAGUCCUAGAUUGACUGGUGACCAGUCCAGGGUGUACCCCGCCUCUCGCCCAGAGUCAGCUGGGAUAGGCUCCAGCAUACCCCUGCGACCCUAAUUAGGAUAAGCGGCGUAGAAAAUGGAUGGAUGGAUGGAAGAAUGACAAUAAAAAUUUAAUUAUGAGAAGAAAGUUGGAAUAUUACAAGAAUUAAAUUUUUUUAUUGAACACAUAGAAUACAUUCUAAAAUGUUGUUUUUACGAGAAUAAAGUUGAAAUUUUACAAAAAAAUAAAAGAAUAUACCAAAAAAAUUAAUGUAUGUGUGGAAUUUUUUCUCCCAAACAAUGCAACGUCUUUCCCCCCCCCACAUAACUUUACGUAUAACUUACGUAUACUUAAUUCUUGUAACGUAGCAAAAUAUAUUUCUAUUGACUUCUUAAAUCAUAUCACAUAGUUUAUGUAACAUCUCAACAUUUUUUGUAGUAAUUCAACUUUAUUCUUGUCACGUUACCACUUUCUUCCUGUAACUUUCUCCAAAAAUACAAUAUGAUUUUUAUUCUCAAUUUUAUACCCAUACAUUUAUGUUGGAAUAUUACAAGAAUACAUUCUUAAUUUCACAAAAACAUAUUUGUAUGAGAAAAAAUGUAUUUACCAGAAUAAAUGUAGGCGUGGAAUUAUUUUUCUCCAAAAACGGCAACUUUUUCAUGUAACUAUGUAAUAUUUAUAAUUUAUUCUGAUAAAUAUUUUUUAAAGUGACUUUUAAAAUAAUACUUUUACGCAACAUGGCAUUUUUUUGUAGUAUUACAACUUUAUUUUUGUCACUUUACCACUAGAUUUCUGAAACUCUCUCCAAUAAUACAAUGAUUUUAUGCUCAUAAAUUUACGACUUUCAUUCAUGACAUUACAACUUUUUUCUCAUAACAUCACAAAUGUAUUCUGAAUUUUUGUGUGUACGUGUGGCCCUUGGACUCCUUGGUACCGUGUGUGUUCAGUGAGAUGUUUUCUGUAUUUAAAAGUUUGGGGUGGUUCUUCAUUAGCACAGAAGUUGCCAAGAGUUUACCGUCAUUUGAUGAGAGAGCAGAUCACCCUGACUUUACUACUCUAGUGGCCUCUUAGAUGUUUUUCAAAUGAAACCAAACUGAUCGUGCUCAGUUUAGCUUCUCAUGCUGGAUCACACACACACACACACACUGUCGUCCAUACUGUUUAGAGACAAAUGUGCAAUGAUAUGUGUGAUACAUCGUACUAGUGAGUGUGUCUUUGUUUCACAGUUCAUUCAGCAGCCUAAUUUGUCUGAAUAAGGGAUUCUACAAAUAAGAUGUGUAUUUCCUUUGGACUCCUGCUCAGAGACAGUGCAGGAGAAGAAAAAGAGAUUAGGAGUAUUACAUUUGUUAUUUUGGAGGCCCAGAAUGCUUUAUUAUAUUGAUGUCAAUGACUAUAUUCUACACUUCCUGUAUCUAUAUGAUGUCACAAGAGAUGAUUUGCAGUGAAAGUAGCAGAAACACAACAUGUCUUCUGACUAGAUCUGUGGUAGCUGCAGAGACAACAGGACUAAGAGCGUGUGUGCGCGCGUGUGUGUGUGUAUGUGUAGUCGAAACACGUUUAUUCCUGGUGUGUGUGGAAAAUGUCAAUUUACGAUGCUACUGAUCUCUGCAGUUCUAGUUUUGACCUUGUUCUCUUUUCUUACUCUUUUUGUAUGGCAUUUAUUUUACUCUGGAAAUAAAUACUUUUUUAAUAACA